AUGGUCGACACAGAGGACCCGGCUUCCUCGGAAGAGACCAACCAUUCUCAUGGGAAUAUCUCUCGUCUGCUAUCGCGUUCAAGCAAGGCUGAAGGGGAGCUCGCUUUCCUACGUCAACAAUCGAUAAAAGAGCAAACUGAGAGACAGAGACUGGAGCACCAUCUGAAUGGAUUGCAGAGAAAAUACCGCGCACUUCAGGAAGGAAUGACAGUAGCUGAGUCCCAGUACGCAGCACAAAUCCGUGCAAACGAACUACUUACGCUACGCUUGCGAUUUCAGAUGAGACAGCUUCGAAAUGUUACGUGUGUAUUGACGGAUGAGUCAUGGGUUGAAGAGAAGUUCGAGAUUGCAUCCCGUUAG